AUGCUGUCGUUCUCCAGCAAGAAGAGGCUGCCGCUGGCGGCGGCGCUAGGCUGCAGCUGCCGGAGGACAACGCUGGGGUCUCUCUUCUCGUUCCCGCCUGCGAAGGCCAAGCCGGAGGCGGCUACCAACUUCGGCGGCAAGCGACACCAACACCGCCGUCGCCGCGGCGGCCGACCUCUCUGGAACGAGCCUCCUCAGUCACCCUCCACCGCCGCAACGUCCCCCCGCGAGACCACCAUCUCUCCUCCGUUCACCGAGGCCACGUCGUCCCCUCGCUGCGCCCUCUGGGCGACAGCGGCGGAGAAGCGGCCCCCCCGCGGCGCCGCCAAGGGAAGGCUAGCGGAGAGCGUACCGGUGGUGAAGGUCUCCCACCAACCACUCCAAGACUUCCGGGAAUCAAUGCUGCAGAUGAUCCUUGAGGAGGAGAUCUUCGCUUGGGAGGACCUGCGGGAGCUCCUCCGCUGCUUCCUCGUUCUCAACUCCCCCCAUCACCAUGACGCCAUUCUCAUCGCCUUCUCCGAUAUCUGCACCGGCGUCUUCUCCGCCGCCGCCACCGCCACCGCGUAG